CUCAGAUGUAAUCAUGUCACCAGUCCAAACACUCUUGAUGAACCAGCCACCCCUGUCUCCAGUAUCUCAUCUAUGAGGAUUGUUCUUCUGGGUAAAACUGGUUUUGGGAAAAGUGCAUCUGGAAACACAAUACUUGGAAAGAAAGAGUUUAUAUCUGAGAUGAACUCAAAUUCAGUAACCCGUGGAUGUUCACUGAAGCACGCCACUGUUUCAGGCAGAUCUGUGUCUGUAGUCGAUACUCCUGGAUUCUUUGACACAAAGAUGAAAACAAAGCAGUUAAUGAUAGAGAUAGCAAAAAGCGUUUAUUUAUCCAGUCCUGGACCUCACGCUUUUCUCAUUCUUUUGAAAGUAAAUGACAGAUUCACUGAACAUGAGCAGCUGAUCCCUCAAAUUAUUAAGAUUAUGUUUGGUCAGCAGGUGAUGAAAUACUCCAUUAUUAUCUUUACUUAUGGAGAUCAGCUAAAAGAAAAGACCAUGGAGAAGAUCAUUGAGGAUGACAGUAGAUUAAGAGAUCUAGUUCAGCAGUGUGGAGGCAGAUAUCAGGUGUUCAGCAAUGAAGAUGAGAAUAACAGAGAGCAAGUGAACGAUCUACUGCAGAAGAUUGACAGAAUGAUAGAGCAGAAUGGAGGGGGACACACAGUAAUCAGAUGUUUAAAAGAUGCUCAGAAAAUUUAGAGAAGAGAGAAGAAAAAAGGAGACAGAGAGAAGAAGAAGAGAAAAAAGAACAAGAGAAACAAAGACAAGAGCAGAUGGAGAGAAUGAGAAAGGAGACAGAGAAGAGAAUCAGAGAAGACAUGGAAGCUAAGACAUCUGAACUAGAAAGACUUGAAGCAGAGAAACAGAGAGACGAAACGAAGAGAAAACAAGAGAAACAAAGACAAGAGAUUAAGAGAAGGAGGCAGAAGAUUCUAGAAGAGAUAGAAGCUAUGAGAUCCGAAAUGGAAAGAUUUAAACAGAGACGCAGAGAGAGAGAGGAUGAGAGAAAACAACAUGAAGAAACUGAGAAAGUGUCAGAAGUUUAUGAACAGUCUAUUAUAGAAAGACGAAGUGAAAACCCAGAAUUUGAACAAUUUUACAGAAAGCAUCGGUGCAGAUGGCAUAUGGCAGCUUUUGUAAUUAAUCAUAUGACCACUGGUCAAAUUAUUGGUGCAGUUAUUGGUGGAGCUCUUGGACUUAUUGCUGGCCCGCUGGGUGCAGGUGUUGGUAUAGCUGUUGGUGCAGGUAUUGGUACAGCUGUUGGUGCAGUUGUUGGUAAAGUUAGGCUUAAAUAAUUGAAUAACUGUCAUGGCCCACAGAUCUAUGAGACCCAAAUCCCAGUUUAUGCAGAGACUGUCCACUCCAAACCCCUGGUCCAUGCUUUAAUCAGGCCAGAAUUUCUGGCAAAUUUAUUUCUGUCUUUCCAUUGAUUUAUAAGGAGUGAUAUAUAAAUAUUUUUUUAUUGUUAUAAUUCAUUUAAUAUCUAUUAAAUUUUUAAGUUUUACCUUCAUUAAUUUGUUCUGGUACCAGAGAGAGGUCUUUAAGGUGAAACGAUAGAAAACCUUUAAAUUCUAAUUUCCAUUCAUUUUUGCUUGAUAUUAUAACAUUUGUGAUUAAUUUUCUGUUUGUAUGAACUCAAUUUGAUGUAGAUUUGUAAUUUUCAGUAACAAUAUGACUAAUAUGUCAUUUGCAAAUGCAUUAUAAUCACUGAUAAGCAGUUAUAUCAGGGUGACUUUAAUACUUGCAAUAUCCAGCAAUGUCUCGAUACUAAUGUAAUAUGUUUAAAUACAUCUGUAAAUCUGUAACCGCUGAUCAUAAUUUUCAUUUGUUGGAAAAAAAAAUAUUGCAUUUGAUUCACAGUUUCACUCUAUUCAGUUGAUCAGUUGAAUGGAAUCAUUAAAGGAGCAAGAAUGCUCAUUUUCCAGGCUCUUGAGGAAAGUUUGGCUUGCUGUUUUUAUUCAUGUGACUGCUGCGGCAACUAAACAUAAAGAGAGAUCAUUACAAUUUUAAACAGGGGACAAACAUCAGGGUAAAAAAAGAAAAAAACGAAAAACAAGAGGAACCUCCUGGGAAAUAUCUGGCAAACAGUCAAUCAUUUUAAACUCACAUGUUAUAAAUGUGUCAUAAAUAUAUUCAUUAAUAUGUUUUUUCACCUAAAAAUUAGAUGUGUCUGAUUUAUC